AUGGCGCAGCAGCCCGGGCACUCCAGAUCGUCGUUCAACGGGCGACUAGAGCCCAGGAGCGAGGGGCGCGUCCAGCCAUCCGAAAUCACUACUGCUACAGCACAAGUAGCGGUCGAGCACAAGGAAGCUAAGAGGCAAGUUUCUGUUCUAAUCUCAUCAGUUGGUUGGAAUUCAAUAGAUCUCCUCAAUCAUGGUGGGUUUGUUGGUGCUCUCGGAUUGCAGGGAGUAGCCUGUGAAGGGAGCAAGGAUGAAGAUGCUGCUGCUAGUCUGUUGGAUUACUAG